ACAUUCACGGUAAAACACUCUAAAAGCCAAUAAAAUAGGCUAAAACAUUACUAUGUGAUUGUUUAGGGGUUUUGUUGUGGAUCUGGCUAAGUACAAAAAGCCAUCAAGGCAGUGUCUACGACUUUAGAAACUACCCAAAACAAACAGAUUCUGAGAACACAAAUAUGCUAAAAAAAUGUGAUUCAACAGAAUUAUUUGCCGCACAGAACUUUGAUGUUGACCGAUAUGAUUUGAACAAUUCUGUGUUGUUAUUUUUCUUUGUGGUGACGAGCUUGUGCUUUUAUUGUGUAAGAUGACGCCGGUAUUAUCGUUGCGACAUGUGCGUACUCGACGCAACUUCCUGGCAGAUUGACAGCUUCGCAGUAGCAGUAGUUGUGUGAUACGCCAGUCAAGCUCAGGCUACUUCACAGCUUUUCUAAUCAUUUGAUGUUAUCCACGAUGUUUUAUUCUGGGAGCCCCCCCUUCGUAGUUUAAAAUCAUCCGGGGUGCCGGAGAGUGGCACAGACGCUCGAAACAAAAGUAAGAAGGACGCCCAAACUGCGUGUUUGAUGGCGGCUGGGGAUGGAGCCCAGCUGCCGGCCACAGUAGCGGCCAGUCGGAGUGUGGAGAAAGCCCUGGAGGACGCCGCCGCCAGCGGGGCUCUCAACUUGGCCAACCGAAAGCUGAAGGAGUUCCCGCGUAGUGCCAGAAACUACGACCUGUCCGACAUUACCCAUGCAGAUCUGUCCAAGAAUCGUCUGUGUGAGCUUCCAGAGGAGCUCGGUCAGUUCAUUUCUUUAGAAACGCUGACUCUCUACCACAAUGGUAUGCGUUCACUGUCCUCCUGCCUGGGCAACCUCCAGGCCCUUACCUACCUCAAUCUCAGCCGAAAUCUUCUGUCCAGUUUGUCUCCGUCAGUGUUUGAGCUUCCUCUUCUGCGGGUGCUCAUCAUCAGCAACAACAAGCUGUCUUCAUUGCCCGCCUCCAUAUUCUCCCUCACACAUCUCCGACAGCUGGACGUGAGCUGCAAUGAGCUGCAGUGUUUACCCGCUGAGCUGGGCCAGCUAGAGUGUCUCCGGGACUUAAACCUGAGGAGAAACCAGCUCACUGCUUUACCUGAGGAAAUCUCAGAACUACCGCUUGUCCGCCUUGAUGUGUCCUGCAAUCGCAUCACCCGGGUGCCCUUGUGCUACCGCCACCUGCGGCACCUUCAAAGCAUCUUGCUGGACAACAACCCGCUGCAGAUGCCCCCGGCGCAAACCUGCUCCAAGGGCAAGUACCACAUCUUUAAGUAUCUCAACAUGGAGGCCUGCAAGAGGAGUCAGGAAGAGCUGGCGAGACACUUGAGGCCCACAGGCUUCAACAGCUGUUUGUCAGACCAGGAGCUGUUCACAAGUCAGUUUGGAGGCUUGGACUCUGGUUUUAAUAGCGUUGAUAGCGGCAGCAAAAGAUGGUCUGGAAAUGAAUCAGCAGAUGAUUUCUCAGAGCGUUCCCUCCGCAUGUCUGAAGUCAGCAGAGACCAGAGAAACCUGGAGGAGGAGGAGGAGGAGGAGGAAGUCUCUCCUUUAGACGCUAGCAAUGUCAAUGGCCAACCUGAGCAGAUGGACUUCAACAGCACCAUGACAGAGAAAGAGGACGACGAGAUGAAGACAGACCUACCAACGCCUUCUCUUGCGACACGCCCACUUCAGCUGAAGGAGAGAACGUCGCCGUCCCACAAUAACGACUCCACAGUAUGCCGAGUCACUUCGCACAAAGAGGUUGCCUCGCACUCGUCAGCCUCCCCAUCACCGCUGUUCCCAUCCAGCCCCACCAUGGAGGAACGGCGCCAGCCGGGUUCGCUGCUCAUCUGGCAGGAGCGAGAGCGACUACAGCAGCAGCAGCAGGGGGAGAAGGCCAGUUUACUGAAGUCACUCAGCAAAACAGGAAGUCUUGUGGCCUCUGCACCUCUGACAGGAAAUGGCUCAGAUGGUCUGUCGCCAGAUAGCAGCCCACCCCACCGUGGACCCCAACUGAGAUGUGCAAGCACUGAACACCUCGUGUGUUCAUCAACACUUCUUCAGCGCUCCAGGAGCAGGACAGAGGGACUGUCCUCCCCAAAGACGUCUCCUCCGCCUGCAGAGAGCCAGAAACCCAACAGCUUCCUGUUCCGCACGUCCUCUCGCAGCAAUGUCAGGCCUGCGGGUUUGUCUUCCUUUGAGUCUCGCAUCACAAUUCGUUCGCCUAAAGAAGAAAGCGCGGACGUCGCGCAGCUCCGCAAAACGCUGGAGACACGGCUGAAGAUCACCCUGCCGGAGGACCUGGGGGAGGUUCUGUCCAACGGCACUGUCCUUUGCCAGCUGGUCAACAGCAUUCGAGCUCGCUCUGUGUCCAUCAUUCACAUUCCGUCCCCUGCAGUGCCAAAACUGAGCUCAGCCAAGAGUCGACUCAACGUGGAACACUUUCUCGCCGCGUGUCGCAAGCUGGGCGUCCCCGAGAUGGACAUGUGUGUGUGCUCUGAUGUGCUUCUAUCUAAGCUGCCCAAUGUGCUGCAAUGUGUCAAGGCCUUGCUGGCCCUGGAGGAGGGGGGCCUGGACAAGCACUCCCUGCCUUCGUCCUCCUCGUUGCUGUCCACAGAUUUCCUGCUCUUCUACUGUGUGGCCAUGGUGCUGCUCUACGUCCUCUACUGCUACGUGCUCACUUAGGCUACAUCCCAUAAUAAUAGCAAUCAGGACAGCAGUGUGAGUGUGCAGCAGGAAAUGCAAAGCAAGGAAACGCUACACUGGAACAUUUCAGGUUAGCAUGUAAAUAGUCUAGCCAAGCCUCCACACCACAAGUUCUUUGAAACAUCUGACCACUUCACACAUGUUAAUGACACAUUAAAGGUCACUAGUACAGGUCCAACAUAUACUACCAUUUUCCAUUUAUAGUUUGUUUUUCCUAAUUGCAAAAAAAUAUUUCAGACAGGCAAUGUUAUUCAAAACAUUUUUAUUUUUUUUGCGAGAAAACAAGCACACCAUGUGCAUGUCUGUAUGCUGACAUGAAGCAACUGUGAAUGUCUCUGUUAUCACUUUGAACCUUCUAGAUGAGGUGUGUCCAAACUCCAAAAUCAACGGAUGCAGGGGACCAUUUUGUUACGUUUAUUUAUAUUCAGUUUUGUAAAAAGGCGCACAAAAGGUCAAAAUUUCAGCUUUUUCUAUUUACAUUGUGCCUUUUCCCCUAAGUUUUGCUUUUACAUUUUUUUUGUGCAAUGGGGCGCAAAUGGCCCCCCGCCUCGCACUUAGGACACCACUGUUCUAGAACUCAACUGACACGCACCACUUUGACCCUGUUCUGCUUCAUGCGAGCAGCAAGGGGCAGUGUUGCUACAUCAAAGGCCCAACAUGGUUUGAAAGUUUAUUUUUGGGGGGCCAAACUAAAAAGGUACAAACCACGCACGUGUACAUAUAUAUAUAUAAAUACAUAUGUUUUUUUUAUGGUUGCCAGGUGACGUUGUAAAAAUGUAAACAGGUGAUUAAAUUAUCUAUUUUUUUUAAUUUAUUUUGAGUGUUUUUUCCACACAGGUAAGAGGCUACUAUGAUAGAUAAAAGGUUGAAGCUUACAAGUGACAGGGAAAUUAUUCAAGCUUAAAAUACCAUUGGGGUUUUUUCCCCUGAGUAAGAAAAUAUGAUUUCCCGGAAGCUUAUUGACUGUUUCUACUUGACACUCGUGUCUGCCUUAUUGCACAUAAACAGUUAAAAAUGAACUUUAUGAAAAUAUUUGUGUUCCUUAGGAGAAUUCUAGGGCCUUGACACGAAGUAAACGUUGAUUUCCUGCAUUUGUCACAGUAGCUUAAAUGUUUUUCAGCUGCUGUUUUUCUACCGGCAUGCAAUUUGCAUUUAAAUAGUUUGAAUACAUACAGAUGUAUAUUUUAUCUUUACAAAACCAAACCUAACGCUGGUUUUUGCAGUGUUCACAGAGCCGAUAUACACUUUAGUGACAUUUUGUACAUGACGCUCUGGGUUUUUCAAGUUGACGUCAAUUUGAUGUGUUUGCCUCUCCUCUUCCUGCUGUAAAGAGUUUUAUUAAAAGCAACUUUGACUUUG